CUCCGUAGUGUCGCGACAAGUGCUCAACUGUGAUAAAGUGCAACCAGGUGACAUAUCUUCCGUUGUGUCAGAUUCUGUAUUGUUUUGGAAGAUUUCCUUCGAAAGGAGUGCGUGAUCUUCGUGAAGAAAGUUUUCCGUAAUAUUCCGCUUCGUCGAGAGAACACAGAUUUCGGAAUAGGUUUUAUAUAAAAUCUCACAUUUCUCAGUAUUGAAUUAGAACUCUUUGAUAAUUAAUAUACUUAUAUUGCUUGUUCUGCGUUGUAACAACUGAGGCAACGAACCUUCUAUGGUUCAAGUAAACAAGAACAUUUUCCCAGUUAUUUUCAAUUACUUAUCUGAGAAUGGGUCAGGGCCAAGUAGAGCACCGAAAAUUGACAAUAGAACCAAAAUUAAAAAAUAUAUAACUCUAUAAGGGCACCUCACGGUUAUAAUGAAUUACUUACAUCAGUUAAAUUUACGUUUAAAUAUACAAGAUCACAAAGAGAGUGACUUGAAACAAAUUCUCUGUAUGCUCCAAACAGUGUGUGAGUUAAAUAUGACGAUCGAAGUGGAGAGAGUUGUGAAAAACGGAAGUGCAUUGCAAAGUGGGAAAUCUUGAGUAAGACCUACUUCAGUGAGGCAAACACAGCCUCAAAAAUGUAAACUUUAAAAGCGAUAUAACGAAAUCGAUCAACAGUGCCGAAUUAAAAAAACAAAGAAACGAAGACAGUGCUGAAGUAGCACAUAGCAGUGUGACUUUCAGAAGUGGACAGCUCUGAAACCGAGCAACUUGCGGGGUGAACAAUUUCAGAAAAGAGGCCUACUGAAGGGGUUUAUAAGGAACGGGUUUACCAGAAACUGUGUGUAAGGCUCAUAUCUUCCCAAUAUGGCACUACUGAAUCAACUAGCGAGACUGCUGUAUUUCCUUUUGACUCUCUUUAAAUUCGUCACGUUUGCAUCUCCUUCACUAGUCGUGUUAAGUGUCUGCAUUUUCAUCUCAUCUGCCGUGUCAGCAGGGAUUAUAUACGACACGAACAGUGAAGGAACGCUGACUCGAGAAGUCGAAAUUAAACAGGGCAAACUUGUCGGAUUGCGCCUUCAGUCCACAUCAAACCCUGAUCUGAGGCCGGUGGAAGUGUUUCUGGGGAUACCUUACGCGGCGGCUCCUACAGGAUCGCAGAGGUUCAUGCCUCCGGGUUCUCCACCCCAGUGGAUGGGCGUCAAGUUCGCUCACAAUUUCGGUCCUGUCUGCCCCCAAAACUUGCCAGAUUUAAAUCAAAAGAAGAAGAACGUCAUGACAGCGAACCGUGUCAGCUACCUCAAUAGGCUCUUCCCGUACCUGCAACACAACCAGAGUGAAGACUGUCUGUACCUCAACAUAUACGCACCGGCUCACAGGAGAGUUCCGAGCAGACUGAGUCCAAAACACCCAGUCAUCGUGUUCAUCCAUGGUGAAUCGUUCGAAUGGAAUUCUGGGAAUCCUUACGACGGGUCCGUGUUAUCGAGCUACGGUGAAGUUGUUGUCGUCACAUUAAAUUUUCGUCUUGGAAUUCUGGGAUUCUUGCGCCCUGGUGUGGGCGAUCACACGGUGAGCAACUUCGGGCUUCUAGACCAGAUUGCAGCACUGCAGUGGAUUAAAGAAAACAUACAAGAGUUCGGCGGCGACCCAGGAAGCGUGACCUUGAUGGGACAUGGGACUGGAGCCGCAUGUGUGAACUACCUUAUGGUAUCACCCGUCUCUCAAGGCACUGACGGAUCGUGGCUGUUCCAUCGGGCUAUUCUGAUGAGCGGGACAGCCCUGGCGGACUGGGCUCUGACAACGAGUUCAGUUGUCACCAUCCAAGUGUCUCAAGCCCUAAACUGCCCUUUGACGGAGACCAACAACGAGAUGGCCUCCUGCCUUCGCAAGAGGAGGCUGGAUGAGAUUAUGGGCGUCGAAGUGCGAGUUCCGGAGUACAAAACCCGAUUCGGACCGAUGGUAGAUGGCAGCGUUGUGCCUAACGAUCCAUUUCAUCUCACAGGAGUGUACAAGGAUUUGUUCAGCAGGUAUGAGCUACUGUACGGAGUGACAGAACUGGAGAGUUAUGAUCUGCUGGAUUCCGUGUCGCUGCAGUACGGAAUGCUGGAACAGGAACGCGAUAAGGAGAUCCGUUCGUACGUUCGAGAACGUUUUGAAUACGAGCCUGGACUUAGUCUGGCCGAGACGCUAAAGGCAUACAAUGUAAUCAGGCGUCAGUUAAAUGAAUCCACGCGCUCCGUCGCAGAGACGAACCGGGACAUCCUGCUGGACAUUCUGAGUGACGCUCGUGCUGCCGCCCCUAUGGUCCAGACAGCCAACUUCCAUUCAAGUGCCAAUCCAAAGUCCUACUUCUACGUUUUCGCUCACAAAAGUAUAUAUGGCGACUACUCAUGGGCUAAGAUUGGCAGGAGUAUCCAUGGUGAGGAACUUCCAUACGUAUUUGGAGUUCCUCUGGAUAAUGUGAACUUCCCUUCACAUCGCCGCUUCAGCGUGGAUGAGAGGCGCUUUUCCGAAGCCGUAAUGACAUUCUGGACAAACUUCGCUAAGACGGGGAAUCCAAACGCACCGCACCGCCAGGCCCAUUUCGCCGUCGACUGGCCAGAAUACGACUCCUUCAACCAGACCUACCUCCAUCUAGCAAUUCCAUCUCAAAUUGGCCAUCACUAUCGAAAGAAAGCAAUGGACUUUUGGAACAAACGGUUACCUGAUAUCCUCAAAGACCUGCCACCAAAUGAAUCUGCCAACCCUGCUGAAAGGCCCCAAAUUUUACCACCGGAGGAAACACAUCCGCAGGGACCUCAUUAUUAUAAUCCAAAGCGAACACAAGGAAAUACUUGGUACAGGUUUCCUCCUCAUCACGCCACGCAGACCCCGACUGUGUACGGGACAAUCGUCAACAGAGGGAGCGAAAAAUCUAAAGCUGCAUCUACAGUACUUCUUGGUGUUGAUAGGGAGUUUGGUUCCAGAUUACCCGAAGAGAAAGCUGCGGGAGCAGCAGAACCACCACCGGAAGUAGACACUGGAAGUUCUUCUUCAUUAGCUAUGAGUAUAGUGAUAGUGAUCGGCGUCUGCUUGCUUCUAGUAAACCUGUGUGCAUUCGCAGGCCUCUAUUACAAACGUGACAGACUUCGAGCUCAAGAGAGAUUGAUGAAGAAGCGUUAUGAAGACGUAGAGCCAACAAACAACCGAGAACUUUACAUGAAUCAAACAAAAGAUGAGGAAAAUGACGAGGAAAAUAUUACAGCGUUGCAGAUUACAGGAAGGGAAGAUAUUAAAAAGAAUAAGAAAAAUCAAUCGAGUGGGGAAGAGACGUAUGAAGCAGUGAGAAGCAGAGUUAAGACGGUAGACGGUCGAGAAGGUGGAGUGGAGGAGGAAGAUGUUGGAGAAAACAGCUCCAAAAGAUGGCGACUUUCGAGACAAUGCAGCGCAAGUACGAUGGACCCUCAUACGAAAGUAAGGGAGUGGAUUGCACACGAAAUAGUACAGAGGUGUUCUCCGAGGUUUUUACGACGAGCAAAAUUUCAACUCCAAACACAAGCAAAUCGCCCAGUAUUACAAAAAGAUAGUAGUUUUGAUACAUCUAUAGAUCAACUAUCAUCUGCAGUGAUGACGACAGCAGAAAAUUGUGAACCAAACCCAAGCUCUCCAGCCCUAUCAAAACCAACUACGACAACAACAUUGCAAAGGGCAAGGGUGAAGAAAGUGUCUGUUGCUGUAGAUGCAACUCCAGCCGCAAGGAGUGCAAGUGUUUUGAAACAAAUACCAAUCGAGCAGCUGAGCAAAUCCUUGGAGGAGCUUGGUGGAGAGAAGAAUAUAUCGACAACUGCGGAAGGAAAUAAAGCCGAGCUUAAGAGAUCACAGACAUGUAGAGAGAGUUUAGCUAGAUCAUCCUCAUCACCAGUUCCUUCACUCUCGCCACAAAGAGACACGGUUCUCAGGCGAAGCACGACGAGUGUCAACUUUCAAGUGUGCCAGCCAAUUCUGAAGAAACAAAAUAAAAGCCUUAACAUUGUCCAUCAACAUUCAAAGUCAGAUCCUGUGCCACGUACGACUCAUAUCGUGCCUCAGGACACACCUCAACAGAGUUAUUCUCAAAGUGUGAUUCCUCAAGUUUAUAACAUAUCAAUAGACUCCAAAGGAGGUCCUUCUUCACCAACAUACACAGAAGUAUUGCCUACUAAACAAAUGAAGAGUUUUCCUACCUCUGGCACUCAUGUAAAAUUUAAGCAGAACGCGCCGAAAAGAGAUAUUGGGAUCACGGCAUCAGCUGCUUCAAAUCGCAUGAAAGAUAUCAAUGUGACAUCUCGAGACAGCGCUCUUACUUGCGAGGAAAUGCUGCCUGUUACGGACCCGCUCAAAAACAUCCAGAAAAGAAAUUUCCCUAAAGUAUUGCCAGACUUGCCUCCUGGACAAGAUGUACUGAUAGCACACGAGAUUCAACUGCACGGCGGAAAUCGAGAAUUGACACCUGUUCAGGCAGUCGCCGCAAAACGGCGUUCUCUGCCGCCUCCAACACACCUAUUAGUCGGAAUCCUAGCACCGAAUAAGGACGCUGGGUCAGCUUCGCAACCAAGCACACCAACAGGAGCGCAUCAGAAAGACAAUCAGACACAAACUCAAGCUGGUAAGAUACCUCCACCUCCUCCACCAAGGGUAUCGUCCACACUGGGCCGGAAACCAAACAACACCGCGCCAGUAGAACCAUUUGAGACCACACACGGAUCUGCGAAAUUAAAAAAUACAGUAUUACCAUCUUCUUCCAACUACCAUCAAAGACCUGAACCAAAAGUUAUUAUUAAGCCUACGAGUACGUCCCCUAUAACUCGAAAUCUUCCAUCAACACAACAGGGUAGGGCUAAACAGCAGAUUCCAAGGGUUACUCCUAAUACGGGAGAUUAUCCACUGACAACGACGACUCUGCAUCAGACUGGUGUCAGUCCUGCCCAGUCGCUAAGCAGAGAGUCCUCUCUGAGAAGUCAACACGCAGCACAACUACAAGAUGAACUAUCAUUACCAACACAGAACCAGCAGGUGCACAGAGCAGCCGUACCAACAUCAAGGUCAGAUGCUUCAACAGCGACUCCACCACAAAAGACACCGGGAAAGAAGUCAACAGACACUACGUCCGACCUUCCCCCGACUGAAGACGCGAGUUCUAACACUGGUACAGUUAGACGUGUCAAGAAAACGAACCAAACAAAUGCAGGCAAUCCUCAGUUACCAACUCCUUCCAUGAGUAAAGGUUCGAGUGUACCUAAAGCAUGGUACGCCCAGUACAAUCAGUCUUUCCUCUCAAAGACCAAGGACAGUGAAAAUUAACAUCCUUUUGUCAGAUGUUGCUAAUAUUUUCACGACCAUUAAUAAUACAUUUAUCUUGAAACUGAACGGGGUCAAAAUUGCAAUAGGUAUUUCAAGGCAGCAAUGCUAUAUAGGAAUAGUUUACGGACACGCAGUUAUUGUUCUAAGUAACUGACAAAAAAGAGUCAAUACAGACACUUAGGGAAGAACAGUGUAAGACAUUUCCUUCCCAGGAAAACAUCAACAGAAUAUAAUGAAGUAUUCAAGGUAGGAGAAACUGAAAAUGGUGAACAAAUAUUUUUUUAAAUAAUUUUCUUGUAUGAGUCUCUGACAUAUAAUCAGUACUGCCAUUAUCAUGUUAUGUCCAUAUGCUAUGUAGUUCUGUUGUAGAGACGCCAGUUUAAACUGCACUGUUUGUGAAUAUCCUUAAGUUUUCUAUUUUUCUUAAUUAUAAUACAAAAUAUUACGAAUUUAAACUCUAUAAGUACUUUCUUCUGCCCAAUACGAGUACAGCUGCAACAAAUAUUAAUGAAUGCUUAACUGUAUUGUAAGACAUACAGUAAGAGAUUAUGAAUAUUUCCUUGCAUAUUAAAGUUGUCCCUAUGCUUAAUUAAUUAAGCACCACAACUUGAAGGCGUAUGGGGGAGUGGAUAUAUUCGUCCAAGCACUGGUAACCUCUGCUUUUGGUGGAGGGGAGUGGUCAGCUUCAAGCAACUGCCACUUUAUCCCUGUAGAAACAUGCCCUAGUAUCCACUGGACAGAAAGUUGUUUGGGAACCAGGACAAGUCUGGACAAUUUGUAUUACACUUUACAUUACUUAAUAUGGGAGUUUCGUCGUUCUAGAGAUGCAGAGUAAAAUUAAACUUUGGACAUAUUAACAGUUUAUAUACUCGUAUGCAAAUCAAAAUUAUUUUAGGGCACUGUCAAAUAUGCAGUGAUUAUAAAUAGAAUAUAAAUAAUAUAAAUAGAAUCUAAUUUUUUCUAAAUCUUUAUAUUUCUGUCUUUAAACAAGAAAAGCCUAUUUAAAUGUUAUUUUCAAAGUAAAUACACAGUCUCAGGUAGCCCCUUACAUUGUUGUUGUAUUUAAUUUAUGGCGAUUAAUCAGUGAUAUAAAAUUGUGAAUUUCGAGUUAUACAUCCAGUGAGGCCCGUAUAUCUUAAAGAUAUCCCGAAACCACUGAUGAGCUUGCAGUUUGUUUCGUUGUCUUUGUGAUCUUUGAGCGUUCUCUACAGAGUACAUGAUCUGAAGGCAUGCCAAAGAGAUCGUGUCUGUCAGUCCAUGUUAGAAUUGCAAGAUUACUGAAUGAAUUUCCAAGUUAUUAGGGGUACACACUACAGUAUUUACAGUAUUUUAAGUUUAUAGUUCUGUGUCUUAUGUGUCAAAUAAUAUUAAUUUUCAACAAGCUAAAAUCAAACUUGAUUUUUGUAAUACUAUGCACAUACGUAAGAAAGAAAAGCGGUCCAUGCAUCCGCCUGUGGCUGUGAGGCUCGGAGGCUCCCACAUUUCCUUGGCAGUCAUCUCGCAUAUGGUGGCGAUGUUGUCAGCCUAACGAGCCGGGGGCCCUUUACUCUCAGGAAGAUUCCUGGUGCUCAUUUCUGUGAAAGACUGAAUCCGCCACAGGGUCAUAGUAAGACUCGAAGGAUCAGGUAAAUUAAAAAGUCAAAUGAGCUAAACGGGAAUUGAACUCGCGACCUUCCGGGUUGUAGCACAGUGCCUCAGCCAACCACAAAAUUCAAAAUUUCGGGUUAAGUUUUUAACAUUUUUCAUUUCGUCAGUGUCUAACAAGAUAAAAAAACAUGAACUAGUUUUGGCCGAUAAUCCUUCAUGAAAUUCCUGUCGCUGUCAGUGUCCGAUUCGGUCUGAUAAUUUACGUAAAUCUUCAGAUUUAAAAUAUAUUCAAAUUUACAAUCCUAUAAUAAUAAUAAUAAUCUGAUAUAUCUUGCUAGAAAUUUCAAUACUUAAUUUUUUUUAUUUUUAUUUGUGAUUUCAAUUUGAGUGACAAUUGAACCCCAAAUGGUGGUAUGAAUUUUAAUGUUACGA